UCGUCAAGGCUAUUAAAAUAAGAAUAAGAGGAAGAAGAAGAAGAAGCGAAGAGGAGUAUUCGUCACUGGUUUUUCGGUAAAGGAAUACAUGCAUACACGAAGUCGGUUUAGAAGAAGACGAAGUUUUGUUUAAUUGUUCGUUAACGAUAUUGUCAUCUAAAGAAAGAUGACAGGUUUUACAGAAAGUGCUCUUGUUAAGAGACUUAUGGAUUUAAAUCCAUCACAACAAAGCAUCCAAACACUUUCUCUCUGGUUAAUACAUCACAGAAAACAUCAUCCUACGAUCGUAAAAGUCUGGUUCAGAGAGAUGUGCAAAGUGAAGGACAAUCGUAAGUUAAUGUUUAUGUAUUUGGCAAAUGAUGUUAUCCAGAAUAGUAAAAAGAAAGGUCCUGAAUUUGGCAAAGAAUUUGAAACAGUAUUGCCCAAAGCGUUUGAACAUAUGAAAGGAUUCGACGAAAAAACCAGGGAAAGAUUAAAUAGGCUGUUACAAAUAUGGGAAGAGAGAGGUGUUUAUGAUAAAGGGCAAAUAGCAGAAUUUAAAACGGCUUUCUUAGACACCGUCAAAGAACCAGGAACUCCACCGCCCAAAAAGAAAGCAAAAAUUGAGGUAGAAAAGAAGGAAAAAAAGGAGAGGAAAAAAUCCGAGACUGAAGUGGAAGUAGACGGUACCAAAGAACUUCACGUAACCUUAAGUCCGCGUACGCCGGCCGGUGAUCCGCCAGAGACGGAGGAACUAAUCAAAGCUUUAAUGGAUUUAGAAAAUACAGCAUCGUCUGAUGCUGGCGUAAGAGAACGUAUUGCAUCCUUACCACCAGAAGUAUCAGAAGUAUCGCUUCUGGCAAAUCUCGCUGAUAGAUCGGCGGCUGAUCAAUUAAGCGUAGCAGUUAAUGAAGCAGCAGCAUUAUUAGCUGAUUAUAACGGAAGAUUGCAAGCUGAAAUGGAAGAUAGAAGAAGAUUGUUAACUAUGCUUAGAGAUUACACAUUAGCACAAAGACAAUUACUUCAACAGGCACAAACAACGCUAGAGGAUUAUAAAGAAAAAUUAAAAAAAGUUUGUGCUGUUAGAUCCGAAGUGAAAUCCCAUAUUUCUAAUUUACCAGAUUUGACGCAAUUACCGGACGUAACAGGAGGCCUUGCUCCACUUCCUUCAGCUGGUGACUUAUUUUCUAUGCAUUAGUCUAAUAUUUGAUGAAGCAUGACCAUGUAAGAACUUUUUUUGAUUAUCAUUUGAUGAGUUUUAUACGGUACAAAUGUAUAAUCAUUUUAUGCUGGGCUUCGUCGAUUGUGAUAGAAAGAGGAAUCGUAUAUAACUUUAUUUUCCAAAAAAUAUUACACAAACAAAAUAAUAUUAUUAAUAGUAAUUACCGCGAUCAUUAUUCUCCUAUAUAAAUCUGAGAUAUAAAAAGAAAGCUACUGAUAAUGAUUCAUUGAUAAGAAAAAAAAGACCAAAAAAAGAAAAAAUUUAUAAAUUAGAUACUACAAACUUUACACUUUCGAUGAAUUGUUAAUAUCAAAUAAUGCACGUGAACAGAAACAAUGAAACUUGAAACGAUAAUUUUAUUACUGCAUUAAAAAGUAUUGGUUGUUAAAGAAAACUGUUACACUGUGGUUCUCGCUUCAAUUAUUUUCUUUUGGUAAUGGAUUGAUGACUUUUCUCAUUAUAAAUUUCAUUUAUGUAUAAAGAUUAUUUAUAGUGAUCGGACAAAUUUUCUAAAUUAAUUUAUUACGAGAUACAAUUAUAUUAUAUCUAUCUUUUAUUUUAAUUUGUAUAUAUAUACAGGAUGAGUUAAGGAACAUGACGUUUCAAAAUAACUUGUAAAAUAUACAAUAUCAGGUGCCUACGAUCAUGUCUACCAAUAUUAUUAUAUCAUCAUAAACAAAUUUGUCCUCGAUUACAGACCUGUUGAAUUAACAAUAAUAUGCCGAAUAACUUAUUUGUGAACAUCUUAGUAAUUAUUCAUUUUAGGCUCUACAUAGUAUCAUAGUUUUUUAUGCAGAAUUUGAUGCUUUAUCAGAAUCCAGAAAAAAUUAGGCAUUCCAUUUAAAAAAAUAACGAUGACUUUGACAUCUCAUUAAGAAAGUACCUUAAAAAAAAGUUUUAUUUACUAUUACAUUUGCCUCCUAAUUUAGUUUAACUGUGCAGGAAACAUUUUUUCAUACAAUUUAUAUUUUACAAGUUAUUUUGAAACUUCACGUUCCGUGACUCACCCUGUAUAUGAAUCUACUAUAUAUAUAAAUGUACAAAGUAUUUUUUUUUCGUUUGUUUGUAAGGAAUAUGAAACUUCUCUUUGCAAAAAAAAUACAAAGUUCUUCCAACACCAUUCACUUCGUAUUAAAUCCGCUUGUAUGUACAAAAUAUUUUGUGACAUCGACUUCUUCAAGAUAUGCUGGAUUGCUAUAAAUUUUCUUACUACUUAUAUAAAAUUACAAAAACAAAAAAAGAAAUAAAAGAAAAGUUUAUUUAUUACAAAUAAGCACUUGUAGAUACAUAUAAUUGUCUUUAAAAAUAAAUUGUUCAACCAUUAAGAUAUAUUUGAAACACACUUUUAUUUUAUAUUACAAAACAAUUCUGGUUUCUCAUUAUCUUUCUCGCUCUUUUUCUCUCUCUUGUAUAAUAAAACACGAAUUUAUUUGAUUAAUCAAGAUCAAAAUAAAGGAAUCAAUAUAGAUUUAUAUACGAGUAUAUAAAACGGAUUAAAUUAUGUUGUACUAUAAUAAUAUAAAGAAUGAAUUUAAAGUGACACAAAAUUUUCAAUCAUUGACACACUAUGUUUAUGCUUGUACAAUACAUUCUGAUUUAUAUAAAUUAUAUAAAUAGGAUUAUUUUCAAUGGUAUUUUUCAUAUUCUGUUGAAAUUCUCAAUGACUCAAUACUAUCCAAUAAAAUAGUAUUGUUUCAUUAAUGUUACAGUGUAACAUGUAAUAUUAUUUUAAGAAACAACAAAUUGCAUGAUUGUGUAACGCGAAGACUGUAAUAAUUAUCAAGAAAAAUUAAUUAUGAAUAAAUGUUUUGAACGUUA